AUGCCCAAAUUGCAGGAAUACUGCCACCAUGCCGAACUGAAUUGGCAAGGGUAUGAUCCGUUAAAUCCGUGGUUUUGGUUUAUUCUACUGACGAGUAUCGCUUUACUUCGUGCCAUUAUUCAAUAUUUAGCGGGUUUAAGUGCCUUGACGAUUGGACAGCAAUUGUUAAGUAUUUUAAGAGAAAGAAUCUUUAGCCAGGUCCAGCAUUUAGAUGUUUCAUGGCACUGGAAACACGGAUUAGGUGAAGUUUUAUCAAGAACCACCCGAGAUUCAGAUAAAUUAAAAGAAGCUUUAAUUAAUUUUUGGCGACAAGUGUUUGAAUCCAGUCUAGUGGUCGCCGCAACAGUUGGAUUGUUGUGUUGGUAUCAUCCUUGGUUGGGGAUCGUCCCGCUUAUUUUUAUUUUUCUAGGCCUAGCUGUGCUGUUUAAACUGACUAAUCAGUUGGUGGUGCUGGAUCAUCAAGUUGCCUAUGCCUAUGAAAAAGUCAGUGAUACUUUGGCUGAAAGCGUCAAUGGCAUUCGAGUGGUCAAAGCCUUUCAACUUGAGGAAAAGCUCUUACAACGUUUUAAUGCUGCGGUUGAUAGCUUUAUUCGUCAUUCCAUUCAAACUAUUCGCACCAGUGCACAACGCUUACCGAUUCCUCAAAUGAUUAUUGCCUGUUCCUACUUAUGGGUGAUUGGGUUUGGUGGUUACUUAAUUGGACAAAAUCAAUUACAGAUUGGGCAAUUUGUGGCUGCUGUACUUAUGGCAAAUUUAUUGGUGUUUCGUAUUGAAAGUAUUGGACAGGUCUUACAUAUUUUUGCAGAUGCACGUUCAUCGGCAACUCGAAUAUGGCAAAUGCUAGAUGAGAAAUCGGCAAUUGUAGAUGCUGCACAUGCUUUGCCACUACAAGGGGAUGCUGAUGGGGAUGAAGGUUUAAAUAUUCGACUGGAAAAUGUCAGUUUUCAGGAUCGAAGCACAGAAAAGUAUAUUUUAAAACAGUGUAAUGUUGAAUUCCGAGCAGGUGAAAUCGUCACCAUUGUAGGGAAAACUGGAGCGGGUAAAACCACACUGAUGAACUUGCUCAAUCGUUUUAUCGAUCCAACCGCAGGGCAGGUCUGGAUUGGUUCAGAUCAACGCGGUUGGCUCAAUCUUAAAGAUCUUAGUUUGGUUAACUUACGUCAUAUGGUUCAGAUUAUUCCGCAAGAUAAUUUCUUUUUCUCAGGAACUUUGGCGGAUAACUUAAAAAUAGCCAAACAGGAUGCGACUGAACAGGAGAUGCGAGACGCAUUGCAUUUGGCUUCAGCAUCUGAACUGUUACAGCGACUCGAUGCUGGUCUGGAGACACGAAUAGGGGACAAGGGAGUCACCUUAUCUGGAGGGCAAAAACAACGGAUUGCACUGGCACGGUCAAUUUUAAAAAACUCGCCAAUCUUGGCGCUUGAUGAUUCAACCAGUGCUUUAGAUUCCACUACAGAAAAACAGGUGUUACAGCGUUUAUCAGGCUUGGCUGACAAUAAAAAUCAGCUCAAAAGAACCAUUCUGAUCAAUUCAAAUAAACAGACCACGAUUUCUUUAUCAGAUCGCAUUAUCGUAUUAGAUCAGGGACAAAUUCUUGCUCAAGGGAGCCACACAGAAUUGCUCCAGCAUUGCGUAUUUUAUCGGGAGUUGAUGGGAGAUUCAAGCAUGAAUACCACGGUUAAAAAUUUCCGUCCGCUGGCGAAAAUCUCUGAUCUGCAGAUCGAAGAAAACUUAGCUAAAACCGCGCUACAUCGCGGAAUGUUAAAAAAACUCAUUCCUUUGCUUUAUCCGAUUCGUUAUUUAAUUCUAGCCAUGAUCUCAGUAGAGAUCUUACAAGUGCUGAGCAUCUUUGUACGUCCAUGGGCAGUCAAGUACAUUUUAGAUUCUGGAUUUCAGCAAGUGGCUGGGAAACUGGUGUUGUAUCAGCCAGUACUUUUUAUAGCAAUUGCUAUUCUGGCAUUCAGCUGGGUGUGUCGUUUUGGAUUAGCGGGUAUAUCAAAAUACUUGUCUGGAAAAGCGGCUUUAAGCGUCAUUAAUGAUCUAAGACGUUCAUUAUUUCAACAUAUUCAAGCUUUAAAUAUUGGUUAUUUUGAUCGAACUAAAGCCGGCCGAAUUAUUUCACGAGCGGAUCGUGAUGUCGAUACUUUAGAACCAGUAUUGAUACAAGGACCACCUGAACUACUUUCUGCGAUUUUACGUUGCGGAUUAGCAUCUGUGCUUUUGUGGCAUAUCUAUCCCCCAUUUUUCUGGUGUUUAUUUGCAACUUUGCCGAUUUUAUUGACAAUGACUGCAAUAUUUAAAAAGUCAUCACAACGGCAUUGGGGACGGGUUGCCGAAGAACGCAGUCGAUUUACUGCACAUUUGGUUGAAACGGUAAAUGGCGCCAAAAUUAUUCAGCAAUUAAAUUAUAGUGAAACCAAUCAACAGCGUUAUCAGCAGCUCUUAAAAGAUUUUAAUGAUUCUAUUAUUUAUGGAAGUAAGCGGACCAGCUGGUUUGCCCCAUUUACUGGAUUGCUUUCGACAGUGGCAACCGCGGUUUUUAUUGUGAUUGGAAGUUAUGCUUAUAGUGAAGGUGUCAUCAGUAUUGGACAGUUUGCCGAAAGUAUUUUUUACGUGUUUUUAUUCUUGGCACCUUUACAGGAAUUGACCGAUUUAUUUGAGCGUUAUGCCAAUGGUGCAGCGUGUGCACAACGGAUAUUUCUACUUUUAGAUACCCAAUCUAGCAUUCAAGAUGCACCACAUGCGUUGAAAUUAGGGCAACUUAACGGGCAUAUUCGUUUUCAGUCUGUACAUUUUGCUUAUACCACCAAAGCUGUUUUACAAAAUUUUGAUUUAGAGAUCGACGCUGGAACGGUGGUUGCGAUCGUAGGGCCUACAGGUCAUGGUAAAAGCACGAUCGUUCAGUUACUGACACGGUUUUAUGAGCCUCAGCAGGGUGGGAUUUUCUUAGACCGUUAUCCGAUACAGGAUAUUCAUCUGGACAGUUUAAGACAAAAUGUCAGUAUUGUUUUACAGGACAAUGUCUUGUUUAGCGGCACAAUUUUAGACAAUUUACGUUUAAUUCAACCCGAAGCUACAGAUCAACAACUGAUUCAGGCGAUUGAAGAACUUGGUGCAGAUGAUAUUCUAGGACAGCUUCCUCAUGGUUAUUUUACUGAAGUUGGAACACUCGGAAAAAAUUUAAGUCAUGGGCAACGCCAACUUGUUUGUCUCGCACGUGCAUAUUUGGCUGAUCCUAAAAUUUUAAUUUUAGAUGAAGCGACCUCUGCGAUUGAUAUUUAUACGGAACAGAAAAUCCAAUAUGCCCUUCGACGCUUAUGUAAAAAUAGAACCUGUAUUGUGAUCGCACAUCGCUUAAGUACCAUUCAAGAAGCAGACAAAAUUGUGGUGAUUGAGAAUGGGGCUGUAGUGGAACAAGGUUCUCAUGAACAACUGAUUCAACAGCAACAAUCUUACUAUCAGUUUACACUUACCGCCUCAAUCACUUUGGCAAAUGAACAAAGGCCUGUAUCAGAAAAAGAGGAUGUCGUGACAUUGCAAUCAGUUGUUGUAACGGGUUCUCGGCGAGCUAUCAAUAGUGCUUUAGAGGCUCCUGCUCCAGUAGACAUUGUGACAGCCAAAGAACUACAAGAAACAGGGGCAGGUGAUCUUGCAGCUGCAUUAACACGUUUAUCGCCGUCAGUGAGUUUACCAACAUCACCUGCGGGUGGUUUCGGUGCAUCGGUACCGCCGAGUAUUGCAUUGCGAGGUUUAUCUGCAGAUCAAACCUUAAUUUUGAUCAAUGGUAAACGUCGCCAUACAGCGGCUUACUUCACUCGACAAGCGUAUGCUGGGGGGAGAGGUGCUGCGGUAACAGAUUUAAGCCUAAUCCCGAUUAGUGCCAUUGAACGUAUAGAGAUUUUACGAGAUGGUGCCGCAGCUCAAUAUGGUUCUGACGCGAUCGCGGGCGUGGUUAACAUUAUAUUGAAAUCACGUGAUCAUGGUGGUGGCGUGAGUUAUCAAACUGGAGGCUAUACACAAGGGGAUGGUGAACAGCAUAAAAUCAAUCUUUGGAAAGGCUUUGAAUUACCCAAUGAUGGUGCUUUAACUGUUGCCGUAGAUUUAGGAAAGCGUGAAGCUGCAAGUAAUACUGCACCAGAUACGCGAACAUUUUAUGAUGGUUCAACCCAAGCCCAAUAUACCGAGCAGAACACACCAUUUAGAACUUGGAAAUUUGGUUCUCCUGAACAAAAAGACCAAAUCAAUAUCACUGCGAAUUUAGAUUUACCUUUAACUGAUGAAAUUGCCUUUUAUGGGCAUCGUAAGACCAUCGGGGAAAAUUUUUAUGAACCUCCAACCACCAAAACAGUACUGAAUCAAUCCAGUUAUUUUAAGCAACGUUAUCCUGAUGGACGCUCACCUUUGAGUUUAGUCAGUGUGGAUGAUUUUGCGACCACGUUUGGGGUUAAACAAGGCAACCAGACUUCAGGAAAAUAUGACCUGUAUGCCACUUAUGGACAAAACAAAGUCAGCACUGAACAAGGCAAUGGCAUUAACCCAAGUUAUGGUGCAGAUUCACCUUCUCAUUAUGAUUUAGGGGAAAACAUUUUUGCCCAACUCAAUACAGGACUGGACUAUAGUCGUGAUUUUGCAAUUGAUGGUUUAGCCAGUCCAUUGACUGUUUCGACGGGAGCGCUAUACCGUUGGGAACAAUAUAAACAAAAUGCAGGCGACCCGAUUGCUUAUACCCGUGGACCCUAUUUUAAUCCAAGUACGGCUUUAGGUACGGGUAUCCCAGGUAUAUACGCGGGUAUUACAGAUCAAGACCAACGCAAAAUUAGUCGAGAUGUGUACGGCAUUUAUUUGGAUCUCGAAGCCGAUAUUGUAAAAGAUUUAAAUGUUGGUGCUGCUAUUCGAACAGAAAAAUAUUCAGACUUUGGUUCGACAACCAACGGCAAACUCUUUGCCAAAUAUGAUAUAUCUCCGCAGUUGACUCUUCGUGGAUCUGUCAAUACAGGUUAUCGCGCACCGUCAUUAGCCCAGCAAGGAUACUCCGCUUAUAGUGUACAAACGGUGCAAACUCCGACAGGUUGGCAAGAUGUACAGCAAAGGACUUUAGUUGCGGGAAGUGAAGCGGCUUUACUGAUUGGUGGAACUUCACUAAAGCCUGAGAAAUCGACCAAUUAUUCUUUAGCCGAGACUCAAUCACUGCAAAAGGUGAGCGAAUUCCAGUCUCUAGUAUUGCUGGUCGAAAUACCCAAAGCCUAA